AGCGCGGGAGCCGCCAUGGAGCCUCUCCGGCCUUGGCUCGUCCCGUUCCUGCUGCCCGAGCAUUGCUUCGACCAAUUCUUCCUGCGCUUUCAACUCCUCGAUGUUCCGUGCUUAAAAAUCCUCCUGAGCAAAGUUUUGGGCUACGGCAUCGUGGCGGGAUCCGUCCUGGUGAAGGUCCCGCAGCUGCUGAAGGUUUGGGGGUCCCGCAGUGGUGAAUUUUGGGGCAAUUUUAAAGCGAUGCUGGAGCUGCUGGCCCUGGGGGGCUCCGUGGGCUACGGCUGCGCCAGGAGCUUCCCCUUCAGCGCCUGGGGGGAGUCGCUCUUCCUCCUCCUUCAGACCCUCACCCUCCUCUUCCUCAUCCUGCACUUCGGGGGCCGCACGGGCCGAGGGCUGGCGUUCGUGGCCGUUUUUGGGGCGUUUUUGGGGGUUUUGGUGUCUCCGCUGACGCCGCUGAGCUUCGUCACCGCCCUGCAGGCCCUGAACCUGCCCAUCAUCAUCCUCAGCAGGCUUCUCCAGAUCGUCACCAACGCCCGGCAGGGCCACACGGGGCAGCUCUCGGGGGUCUCCACGGGGCUCCUUUUUGGGGGGGCCCUGGCCCGAAUUUUCACCUCCCUGACGGAAACCGGGGAUCUCCUUUUGGCCUCGACCUUCGCAGCCUCGGCCGCCUGUAACGGGGUCCUGCUGACCCAGGUGUUGCUUUUGGGGGGUUCCAAGGAUCCCCAUCCCAAAAAGGAAUGAUCCCAAAAUUCCCAGCAUCCCAAAAAACCCCCAAAAAACCCCCAAAAAAAAA